ACGCGAGGGAUGAUUUAUUAAGUUGUAUCCCAAUUAUAACCUAAUAUAAUACGACCGGAGUAGGCUAAAAACCCGACGCCGUUGAAAGUUGUAGUUUGGGUGAAGCUGAAUAAUAUCUUAUGCUGCUAGUGCUACUCCACCAACCAACCAACCAACCAACCAAUCUGAAAAACAAACGAUUGAUUCUUCAGCCAAACUGAAAAAUAAGAUGCGCUUGUCUCGAUUUCUAGGAAUCCCAAUUUGCCUAGCUCUUCUCUCUUUCUUUCUCUUUCAAAUUAUUCCUCUGAAAUAUCCCACCCAUUCUCCUCCCACUAGAGUAUUCAGUGUGGAUGAACUAAUUCUUUACAAUGGAACGGAUCCUGGGCUGCCUAUUCUUCUUGGGAUCCUCGGCUCAGUGUUUGAUGUAAGUAAAGGAAAAAGUCAUUACGGUGUCGGAGGAGGCUACAGCCAUUUUUCUGGAAGGGAUGCCUCGCGUGCGUUUGUUUCAGGAAACUUUUCAGGAGAAGGACUUACCGAUAACCUGCAUGGUUUGACUAGCCCCGAGGUGAAAAGCAUCGUUGAAUGGCGAGACUUCUACUUCAAGACAUACAUGUUUGUGGGUAAGUUAGUUGGUCGUUAUUACGACAGUGAAGGAAACCCCACAAAAUACUUGAAAGGGGUUGAAUCAAAGGCAGCUAGAGGUGCUCAGCUUCUUGAGAAACAGAAGAAAGAAGAAGCCAAAGUUGCCAGCUGUAAUUCUAGAUGGAGCCAGGAUGAGGGUUCCGAGGUAUGGUGUGACGAAGGGUAUCCAAGGUUAGUGCAAAGACCAGUAGAAAUAGCUUUGACGGGAAAAAUGAGCAAGAGAUGUGGUUGUUUUAAAGAAGACGAACUUGGGCAGCCCGGUUUGGAAGUAUACGAUGGAUGUCAUUACUCUGCCAAGAGAUGUCACUUAUAAUAAUACUCUACUCACGACCAGUUUUACAUACAGUAAAGAUAGAUGUUAUUCCUACUUUCAUGGCAGAGUGUAUGUAUUAGAGGCCCCAUCGGCAAUCAGGAACAAGUAAAAUCUGCCUUUUGUCGCGCGGUUUAUGCAAACAGUGAUUUGUUAUGCAAAUAGUUUAAGUUGCGUCUUUCUUUAAAACAAUGAUUCCACUUGAUUAUUUUGUAUAAUAGAUCUCCGCUUCAAUUGGAGAUCGCUCAUAUACUGACCGUAUACACGUGUUUAUAUAUAUAUGCACAAUGUUUUAUGUU